GAGAUGGAUUUUCUGUGCUGGUUAGCGGUGAUUAAUUGCUGUAUUGGCAGUGCAUGGAUGGAAAUGGAUGAAUGGGCCAACUGGGAAAUAGCAAUGCGAGAAGCACGAUCCACCGUUCAAUGUGGCAUUCAGUAUGAAUAUCUAUCGAAAACAAUAGGAAUGUCGGUGGUGAAAAGUCGUCUAUAUCAAUUCAUAGUGGAGGAGAAUAAAGUGAAUGUUAUCAUCUAUGAAUUGCAAGCAACCAGCUCACACUUUGAUCGAAUGAAUAUAUCGAAUGGGGGCACUUUUGCACUAGAACAAAUCGAUUCUGAUCUCGAUGCUGUCAUCACCGAGCUUUUGAAGCUUAUUUCAACAAGCGAAUUUCAUUUACAUUUUGCCAUUUGCUAUUCGGCAAUUCAAGAAAGAAAUCUAUACGAUGUUUUGAUUGUUGAUCAAAAAGAUGAUAAAUAUUAUUCGAUUGCGGAUUUCCCGUCGGGUGCAGCCGAUUUGGCUAGCGGUAAUUGGGAAGCUGAAAUUCACCUAGCUGUUAUAAGUGGUACGGAAACUAUUUAUGUUGUCAGUUCACUCAUUGGCUCGGGACGAUUUCAAAUCACUGAAAUGCGAAAUUCAGAAUCGAAAAUUAAGCGUUAUCUUUGCGUUAUCGCUACCACCGGCAAUGAUUUUGUCGAGUCGUUUGAAAUGUACUGUACCAGCAAGCCUUGCCCUACACCGAUGGCAACCGAACAUGUUUUGACAAACGUUGACUUUGGUUAUACAACACAAUCCAUUACGGUACCCAUUUAUCUCUAUCUGAUUUCACGCAGUAGCCGCACAGUAUGGAUGGUAAGCGAGGAUAUUCUUAUGGAUAACACCGAACGGCAUUACCCACUGAAGAAAUUCACAUUCCAACAAUACUUUCGUUGUGCCAAGAAUCGUUGGCACGUAGUACCUGUGUUGAAUUUAACCGACCAGAAUCAAGCAGUCGUCGCUUGGUCAAUGGUAGCGCCAAUAUACCUAGUCAUAUUAACCACAUUGACCAUCAUUAUGUACUGUUUGAUACGCUUUUCUCGACCUCCACAAUAUCGACGACAAAGAAUUCUGCUGCCAUCAUUAUCAUCUUCCAUCAAUCCAGCCUCGGAAAGCAAAUCCCAAUCGCAAGAGGACAACGACGACGACCAAAACAACAAACAGUCAAUGUAUCCAAUGAAUACCAAUCGACCAUUUAACCAAACCUAACUUUGAUCGAAAAUUUUGAUGAAAUAAAAUUGUUAUUCCAAUAUGA